AUGUUCAUGGCUGUCGUGUUGGUCUUCCUGUGGCAGACAGCGAAACCCGACGCGCUCGGCCGAGCUCAGCUCCGGCCGUCAGAUUAUGAACUAGCACUCCUCGACCUCGUAGAAGACAAUGAGUUGUCAUGGAAGGGCAACCCAAACGAACUCGUCGCAUCCUACGCCGCGGAUGGAUACGCACGUGUCAACGGUGCCGCCGCCUUCAUCACCACGUUCGGCCCAGGCGAACUAUCUGCUUAUUGCGGAAUGGCUGGCCAGUAUGCUGAGUUUGUUCCGGUCGUGCAUGUCGUUGGAUAUCCGACUGUCAACGCUGUGAGGAUUUGUAGCAUGUACCAGGAGAUGGCAAAGCAUAUUACAGCUGCGACUACGGUCAUCGACCAUGUCCCGUCUGCAGCUUCGGAGAUCGAUCGUGUGUUGAACACGAUGAUGAGAGAGUCGAGACCUGUGUACAUUGGCUUGUCAGUGGACAUGGCGUACGAGACGAUCUCUGGAACGCCACUUGACAUGCCGAUUGUGCGAUCGCUGCCGCUCAAUGACCCAGUUCUGGAGGCGAACGUGAUCUCUCAGAUUUGA